AUGCCCGUUGGCUGCACCGGCACAAAUCCUUUGGACAGGUGCACUGAUCUCCCUGACUGCACGCAUUCUAGGUCGUGUCAUUUCUAUAGUCUAGUGACGCUCGUAAUUUUCAGGGCGGCCGACGCCGCAUGUGAUGUCAUCAUCCGUGAGUGAAGGCAUCGGAUGUCGAGGAAAACUGGAAACCAUAGUUUUCAAGCUGCGACAUAUCCGCGGAACGUUUUGCUGGCCAUGUGGUAGCGAAUCAAAGACUCGCAAGAGGCUCUUGUUUACCGUUGUCCGACUGACGAGUGGGGACAUUAAGUGACUGCUACUGCAGCAAGCAGGAGCCUGCUGGCUUGCAUAACGUCGCAGGGCGAACAUAUAAGCAAUCAAAAUCAAAUACAUCAGGUUUGUUGUGGAGAUUAUUGGCGGGGCGACGACGACCACUUUUAUUCCAGGGUACCCUGUGGGUUCCAGCUGCUGACGUUCAUUUCGACUACUCAGAGGCGGCAUCAUUCCGAGCUCGCGUUGCUGUCAUCGUCUUCAGCCUGUGCCAGGAGCACUGGUGUAGACGGCAGCCGCAGCUACAACCACGUUCACUUUUGCGGUGGGCCGUGUAUGAAGAGUGCCUGUAGCUGAAGCGCUGGUCCUCUAUAUGGCGUCCACCAGUGCACUGCGACGGUUGGUGAGCACCAUCCUGCUCCUGUCGAUCGGAGUAUUUCGGUGUGCGCUGAUGACGAUCAGCGUCGCUCUUCAAGUUCUCUUGAAAGGAAAGCGCGUCUUGAAGCCCAAGGAACGCCGCGAGGAGCCCGAGUGCCUGCGGGACCCGGAGUUGGGCUCCCACGAGUUUGUCACGCUUGAGGAUGUUACGUUGCACUACGUGUCGGCCGGAAGCAGAGACAAGCCGCUGGUUCUGCUCCUGCACGGCUUCCAGGACUUCUGGUUUUCCUGGAAGUACCAGAUACUGGACCUAAAGAAGGACUUUUGGGUCGUUGCUCCCGACCUCCGUGGUUAUGGCCAGUCGUCAAAGCCCGUCAGCGUCGAUGACUAUCAGUCAUUGAAGCUCAUCGAGGACGUCCAUGGACUCGUCAAAUCGCUCGGUCGGAGCAAGGUGACGGUCGUCGGCCAUGACUGGGGUGCGGUGAUUGCCUGGUGCUUCGCCACAGAACACGAAGACCUGGUGGAAAAGCUAAUCAUCGUCAAUGGCCCGCAUCCCAUGGCCAUGCAGCAUCAGCUUCAUAACAGCCUCUGCCAGAUCGUCAUGUCGUGGUACUUCGUGGCAUUCCAGGCACCCUGCGUGCCGGAGGCAUUCUUGCGCGCUAACGACAUGCGGGCCUUGGACAAGGUGCACGCCGCCUACAGCGACGAGGAGCGGGAGGCCUUCAAGUACACCUUCGGGAAGCCCGGUGCGCUGACCGGCCCCAUUAACUACUACCGAGCGUCGUUCCGGAGGCACUCGGCACGUCGCCUCCAGUUCCGCCGACUGGCCAUCCCGGCACUCGUAGUGUGGGGCCAGCUGGACUUUGCACUCACCGAGGAGCUGGCCACGCUGAGCUUGGACUACGCCACUGGGGGCCGCGUUGAAUAUGUGCCUGACGCGGGACACUGGGUGCAGCGAGAGCGGUCGGAAGUAGUCAACGGUCACAUCAGGCACUUCCUGCUAGGAACCACAAUUUUGUAGCGCUUGUAAGGGGAGGCCAUUUUGUUCUGCAGAUUGCGGCAACAGGCGAACGAGAAAGAGGGUUACCACCCAGCAUCUUGACGCAUGUGCAGCUCACUGUCCCUGCAUAGACCGCGCGUGCUACGAGGGCACGUUCAGCUGUAUCCCUCUCGUUCGUUCGCCUGUCGCUGCAGUCGGCAGAACAGAAUGGCAGCCCCCUACAAGUGCGACAAAAUUAUAGUCUAUUAAGAGUGAAAUAAACAAAUCUCCCUUUCUCUCCGUAA